CCACAGCGUCUGAAUGGUGGGCAAUUUACUGGCCUCGGCCUGAAGGAAUUGCCCUAAGGAUUUUCGUGUCAACAUAUAAAAGGAAUAGGAAACCCAAACCCUAGUUUCUGUGUCACAACCCGCCCCAGAUCCUCGUUACUGCUAUUCGUCUAGAGGUGAUGGCUCCAAAUACGGGCCUAUUUGUUGGGUUAAAUAAAGGUCACGUAGUAACCCCAAAAGAAUUAGCUCCGCGACCUUCUGCUCGCAAAGGGAAAACCAGCAAAAGGGUCCACUUUGUGAGGAGUUUGAUAAGGGAAGUUGCUGGUUUCGCACCAUAUGAGAAGAGGAUCACUGAACUUUUGAAAGUUGGUAAGGACAAGCGUGCCUUGAAGGUGGCUAAAAGAAAGUUGGGCACACAUAAGAGGGCCAAGAAGAAGCGUGAGGAGAUGUCCAAUGUUCUCCGCAAGAUGAGGGCUGCUGGAGGUGGUGAUAAGAAGAAAUGAGAAGAACUCUCUCAUUUGAAGUGGAUGGUUCCAUCUUUCAGUUAGAAGUUAGCUGCUAGAAGCCUUUGCUAUGUUUUUUUGUUUAGACACUGAAGAUUCUGCUAAGAACGUUUGUUUAAUUGGAUUAAAUGAUGUCCUUUUAAUUUCA